CCAUUGCCUUUGGGCUACUUAAUUAACUUCUCCAAACAAGGCCUUAUAUAAGAAGGCUCUGCCAAAGCCCACAAGCAAAAUUUCCACAACAAUUACCUCUUUCAUAUUUAUUUUUUCUGUCUAAAUUAACAAAAAAACCCUGAAAUUGUAAGCUGCAAAAACAUUAAAUUAAAAAAGAAAACCCUAAUUUUGCAAUGGCAAGACCUAAUCAAGAAGCAAUUGAGACUUUCAUCAGCAUCACUGGGGCACCCGAAGCCGUUGCCAUAGAAAAGCUUGAGGAACAUGGUGGCGAUCUCAAUGCAGCUGUAAAUGCACAUUUCAGUGAUGGAGAUAGGAACAUUUCCAGCACAAGGCCAACAUCAACCGUAGUUCCUGUAGAUGAUGCCAUGGAUAUAGAUGAUCCAAUUGAAGUUGUACCAAAUAGGCCAGUCCUUCCAUUUCUCCCAGCAUGUAGAACAAUGAAUCAAUCCUCACUUCUUGAUCCAACCUUUCAUAGAAGUUUCUUUGAUGGUGCUUCUGAUUUUACAACUCGAGAACCAUUGGUUACACAUCCAAGAAAGGUGAGAGAGGUACCAAUAGAGGUUAAGGAUAGCAAUGAGCCUUCUGGUCGUUCUGGUCAUGCUCCUGCCAUUGAGGAUGUCUCUGAAACUGCACAAGAUGGUCCAAAUACCCAUGAGACUGUUAUAAUUGAUGAAGUGGAUGAGGAUUCAACUGAGCAGCCUAGACAGCAGAAUGAUAACUCUCAUGACCAACAAGUUGCAUCCAGUGCUCCUGCCAUCAAUAAUUUGCCAGACUAUGGCAAUGACAUUGAAGAAGAAAUGAUUCGAGCUGCCAUUGAGGCCUCCACACGGGAUGUUGAGGAGUUAAGUGAUCCUGGGCCUAGGCAUAAUCAGUCUCAUUCAGAGGAUGCUGAACUUGCUGAAGCAGUUUCAUUGUCCUUGAAGUGGGGAGGCGUCUGUUCUGAGGAACAUGAUGAGGCAAUCAUGCUUGAGGCUGCAAUGUUCGGUGGAAUCCCUGAAAGUGGAUAUCGUUUUGCAUAUUCACCUCAUCAGUUUAUUCGACCUGAGAUUUCCAACCCCUGGCAUACCCCUUGUCCUCCAUCACCUUCUUUGACAGCUCAACGCUUGAUACGGGAGCAGCAAGACAAUGAGUAUAAUGCAUCAUUGCAAGCUGACAGAGAAAAAGAGUUGAAGGCAUUUCAAGAAGCUGAAGCCUACCAUUUAGAGGAGGAAAAAGCUAGAAAAGCUGCUCUUGAAGAAGAACAACGAAAAGAGGAAACGUUUCGCAGGAAAAUAGAGGAGGAACAGGAAUGUGAGAGACAAUUAGCUUCAAAAGAAGCUUCUCUGCGUAAGGAGCCAGCAGCCGAUGAGGAAAAUGCUUUAACCCUUCUAGUGUGAAUGCCAGAUGGCAGUCGCAGGGGCCGUCGAUUUCUCAAGUCUGACAGGCUGCAGUCUCUGUUUGACUUCAUAGAUAUUGGUAGAGGAGUCAAGCCGGCCACUUAUAGAUUGGUGAGGCCAUACCCGAGGCGUGAUUUCAGUGAUGGAGAGAGCAGUUUGAUGCUGAAUGAACUCGGCUUAACAAGCAAACAAGAAGCCCUAUUUCUGGAGUUGAUAUAAUAUCAUCAACUCCUACAGGAAUAUUAUAGAAAAUUACUCGAGCAUUUUAGUCUAUUGAAAUAUGAAGAAAUGCAUUGAAGUUAUGGAAUUUCUUAAAGGGUUUGUGUUUGGUUGAAACACAUGAAAUUUCAGAAGAGGAUCAGGAUACAACUAAUAUGACUCAAUGUUCAGUAUUUUACUUUUGGUAGUGGUGUUCAAUUGAUUGAAGUGAAUAUUUUGUAUAUAUGUAGUGAUUUAUGAUAUUGAAAAGGUCAGAUUACUUGUCAUGAAGCAGAUUAAAUCAUGUGCUCUCUUUCUGCCUUCAUCAGUUGUCUGCUAGUUGGAAAACAUUGUUUUGAGCUCAACCGUUGAAACAUGCUUUAACAGCCAUGUGGGUUCAGAAUUUACUUUGUCAAGGCCAUAUUUUUAUUAGUGUUUUAUGAUUCGUUGCAUGUCUCUUUUUCACCCUCUUUUACUGGGGUGAUUUACCCAGCUGUUUGGCUGUGUGAUUCGCCUUUUUCUUUUCCUUUUUUUUUUUGUACUUUUCCAAAUUUUCUUUUAACCUGUCUGGCUGUCUCUACUUUUCCAGAUCCUUCGAGUAUUUGUGUGUCUUUUACCAAGCAAACGUCAGAAUAAAGGUUCCUGCACUUGUCAACCUCACCCAACUAAUCGAAUUGACCAGAAUGACCCUACCCGUGUCCAGCGUGGCAGAAUGUUAUUGGUUACAUAAUAGACAAAAAAAAACCCACCAACCUUGACCAACAUAAGCCAGUCAAAGUUCACUGACGUAAAUAAACAGGAGUGAAAA